GUUUGUUGUGAAGUGUUAAUUGAGAGCCAACAUCUACAUGCUGUGUCUCAUGCUUGCCUACAGAUUCACAGAUUCAUCUUUCCUUUCCACAACAAACUUCUACUACGAGGCACUCUCGCCAUCAAAAUAUUGAACUGUAUGAGAAUGGCCGAGAACCCUUUGAACGUCGUAAUUGUUGGAGGUUCCCUCACUGCCCUUUUCCAUGGAAUCGUCCUUCGGAGACUUGAACAUAAUGUUCGAAUCCUCGAACGCAAUCCCCUUUCUCAACAAAUGAGUCUUGGGGCUGGUAUAGCUGCCAUGGAACAUGCCCAAUCAUUCAUUGAGAAAUAUGACGGGACUAAGACACCAUACUCUGUAACGAGUCCAAACGUCCAAUACCUCGAUCAGAAUGUCAAAGUUAAAAGCACGUGGAACAUCUCCAUCGCAAUGACCAGUUGGAAAAUUCUAUAUUACGUCAUGAGAGCCAAUUUUGACGGUUUGACAAGUGACAUCUGUGCUCAACCUCCCAAGCUCGCGGAACAGCGGGGCUCGGCUGUCUACGAACACGGGAAGGAAGUGACUGAAGCCGAAUACAAAGAUGGGCUGGUCACUAUCAAUUAUCGCGAUACGGGAACCGAAACAUAUGGGACGGUUCACGCUGAUCUUGUUCUUGUAGCUGAUGGUUCUUCAUCGAAAAUACGCCAGGCUUUGCAGCCAAAUUUAAAGAUUAGCUAUGCUGGGUAUGUGGCCUGGAGAGGAACUGCGCUAGAAAGUGAGAUUUCCGAGAAAACGAAAAUAACGUUUGCGUAUAAGACGACGUUCUUCGCAUAUAAGGGAGGCUACAUUGUUCUCUAUACCAUUCCAGGAGAAGAUGGAAAUAUAUCUCCUGGCCACCGACAACUCAAUUGGGUCUGGUACAAUCAACACCCCGAGAGCUCACAGGAGUACAUCGACGUGAUGACGGAUGUUGAUGGGCAUAGACACCGCAGUACCUUACCCAUUGGGAAAGUGGAUCCCCAAAAAUGGAACAAGCAGAAAGCUCUAGCACUCUCAAUCCUCCCCGAACCCUUUGCUGAAAUGGUUCAAAAGACCAGCAGACCCUUUAUCUCCGCGAUCAACGAUCGCGAAAUCGCCAAGCCGUCUAUGUUUGAUGGAAAAGUACUUUUCGUAGGCGAUUCCAUUGCGUCGUUUCGUCCGCAUGUGGCUUCGAGCACGAAUCAGGCGGCGCUGGGUGCGCAGCUGCUUGAACGGUUGAUGAAGGGUGAGAUUAGUGCGAAAGAAUGGGAGGCUAAGGUUCUUGGUUUUGCAUCUUUUACGAAAGUGCGGAGUGAACUUUGGGGUGCGUAUUACGUAUUUGGGGUUGCAACGCCAAUUUUUGUGUCGACUUUCUUUCGGUAUUGGAAGACUGUUGUUGUGCAAGCUGUCUGGAGGCGUCUUUAUGGUUAGUUCUUGACUAGCUCAAUGGAUGGCAUGUUUUAUUUCGUUGGUUGAAAACUCUUGCCUCUCAGGUGCUAGGUGUUUCGUGUGUAGAAUCUUCUAUGUCUUUUUCUUCCAACGUGGCAUUGGGGGAGAGAAUCCGUCGAGCUUACGGGAAUGAUGAUGUGUGGGUGGGAAGAAGGGUAGGAUAGGGACGAGAUAUAAAUGCUUUGGUGUGGAAGAUCCCCUUGAAUAGAGAUUCUCUCAUGUGAAUAAAAUAUACCGCAUAUCAGAAUAUCAAAAUAUAACCCCGAGUAUAUAUUGAUGCAUAAGUAGCAGCACCAACAAUUGAACCUCAAAUCCGAACUGGAAGAUUCAAAGCAUCUCACUAUCCAACUUAAUCAAGCCCAGUAUUAAAAAAACAAAAAAAAAACGUCUGCUUGCUCAAUCUGAACUGUCACAUUCGAGGUAUUCAAUCGUCCAAUUUGAAGUGACAUUUCCAAAGCAUUUACUUCCUCAUUCUCCCACGUUGAAAAAUUUCAAAAUCCUUCACCCUCACCAUUCAAUAUCGAAACCGUGAAUCGAGUCCGAAAAUCAAACGUAACACCACAAAACACAAUCCAUCUCAUCCGUUGCGCAACACGCAAUGUAACAUGCUCUAUCCAUUCAAAGAUAGAAUUCCAUCCCA